AUGGUGUCAAUUGCUACCGUACGAGAAAACAACUCCGCCAUCACUGGCCUUUACGGGUCCGGCCUGGUCGGUGUGUUUGUCGGCGGAACCAGCGGAAUAGGCGAAUCGACCGCCCGCGCCUUCAUCCGCAGCACCCAUGCCUCACGGGCGUACCUUGUCGGCCGCGACCAGGCCCGAGCCAGCCGGAUCAUCGAGGAAUUGCAACAAAUGCACCCAGACGCGCAGAUCACGUUCAUCAAGUCCGAUGUCUUCCUGUUACGCGAAGUCGACGAGGCAUGCAGAACCAUCCAACAAAACGAAGACAAAGUCAACAUUCUAUUCCUGAGUCCAGGGACCGGGACGAUGAAAGGCCGGGACGAAACCGCCGAAGGCCUCGAUAAAAAACUCAGCCUUCACUACUACUCGCGCAUGCGCUUCGUCGCCAACCUCCUCCCGCAGCUGCAGAAAGCCGGUGCUGCCACCACCGCAGACGGGAACGGACCCCCGCUCUCCCGCGUCGUUUCCGUCCUCGAAGCCGGCCACGAAGCAGCCCUACAACUGGACGAUCUCCCCCUCCAAACCCACUACUCGCUGCGCAACUGCGCGAAACACGCCACGACCAUGACCUCCGUCGCGAUGGAGCAUCUUGCCGCCGCGUAUCCGCAGGUCUCGUUCGUCCACUCGUUCCCGGGGCUGGUGCGGACGCGCCUCGACCGGGAUUUCGGCACGGUCACGAAGUGUGCGCUCGCGGCGGUGAUGGUGCUGGCUAAGCCGUGGGAGACGCCGCUGGGUGAGAGUGGGGAGAGGCAUUUGUUUGCGGCGACGGGUUUACGGUUCCCGGCGCGGGGAUUGGGGCAGAAUGGUGGGCGUGAGGUGGCGCAGGGGUCGGAUGGGGAUGCUGGGAGUGGUGAGCUUAUGCGGCAGUAUCGGGCGGGAGGGGUAAGGGAACGGAUUUGGAAGCAUACGCUUGAUGUGUUUGCUGCGGUGCGUGGUGGAUAG